AUGAAGGAGAUCAGAUACCAUGCCAGUGAAGCUCUGGAGAACCGGAGAGCCGCAAACUAUAUACCGACAUUCGUUUACGAUGGACUGCCUGAUCCGUCAGGGCGCCCCGAUGUCGAGAUUCGAAAUGACUUCUUCGGCACUCGAAGAAAGCUGCGAAUAGGUGUUCUUGGGGCCGGCAUCAUGGGCUUGCAGUUCCUACAUUCUGCCGAGAAGCUGAAAGACGUCGAGAUUGUGGUUUACGAGAUGAACGAAGAUGUCGGAGGCGUGUGGUUAACGAGCAAGUAUCCUGGCUGCCGAUGCGAUAUCGCCUCGAUGGUGUAUCAGUUCUCCUGGCGAGCCAACAUCUGGUCAGAGAUGUAUGCUCCGGCUGCCGAGAACCUUGCGUACAUCAAGACUGUGGCCAAGGAAAACGACUUCUACCGCUUCAUCAAGUUACGCCAUAAGAUCUUAUCCGCGAAAUGGACCGACGACGAUUCACUGUGGACAUUAAAGCUCAAAGACCUUGAGAGCAAUACUGAAUUCGACGAUAAAGUCGACGUCUUCCUUGAAUUCAAUGGUCCGGUCAGCAAUCCUAGACUAACUCCUUUGCCUGGCAUAGAGCAUUUCAAGGGUGAGGUGGUUCAUCCAGCUCACUGGAAGGACGAGACCACUGUGAAGGACAAAAGGGUGGCUUUGAUAGGAUAUGGAUGUUCUGGCGUGCAAAUUGGGCCGAACAUUGUCAACAACGUGAGUAAGCUCUACAGUUGGUUCAGAAACAAGACAUAUGUGCUGCCACCUCCAAAUCAAGCCUUCUCCGCAGAAGGUGGCAACAACUUCAAGUACAGUGAAGCACAGAAAGAGCUCCUCAAGGACCCAGACGUCUACCUCGCAUAUCGCAAAGCUAUCGAGGACGGCUUCAAUCGACGGUACUCCUAUCUAAUCAAUGGCGGCAAGGUUGGGAACGAAGUGCAAGAAAUGGUCGUGAAGUACAUGAGAGAGAAGCUUAAGUCAAAGCCGGAGCUGUUCGAAGCCAUCAUACCUCACGAUUUUGGCAUCGGCUGUCGCCGACAGACCUUUGCAUACGGCUACCUCGAAGCCCUGACACACCCGAAGACGACAGUCUUUCUUGCGCCGCCGCAGCGCUUCACGGAUACUGGCUUAAUGGAUGCCGAUGGCAAAGAGCAUCCCGAUCGACCUUUGAAUGGAGAGAUCGUCGCUGAGAAGUGGAAAGAUCUUCUGUCGCCACCAUGCUACAUGGCAUGCAUGCCAAAGGGCAUGCCUAACUACUUCAACCCAGCUUCCGCAUUUGGUCCACUACCACAAGGCAACUUCUACCAAUCCUCCGAAGCAUAUGCUGAGUACAUCGUCAAAAUGAUCGACAAGGUACAGCUAGACCGCAUCCUCAGCUUCCAGCCCAAGGACAUCGCCGUGGAUCACUUCGUUCGUCAUGCAAAUGCCUGGAUGAAACGCACAGCCUUGACUGGACCUUGUGUCGCUUGGUAUAAGGGGAACGAUGGCACAUCGAAGCCACCUUCCCUAUGGCCUGGUGAGAGGAAUCAGUUCAUCAAGAUUCUGCAGAUGCCUCGCUUCGAAGACUUCGACUUGCGGUACGAAAAUGCGGAUGAUAUGUUUGGCUACUUUGGUAAUGGUUGGUACCUUGAGACCCAUGGGACUGAAGAUGGAGACAAAAGCUGGUAUAUGGGCAAGCCGAAGAGGCAUGUUGGGCAAGAUAUAAUUGAGAAGCUGAGAGGGACAGAUCCUAGUGUUGGCAGGGCGGGCGUGGAGAUUCUUGUGAAGACUGGGGAAGAUGGACAGCAUUCAUAG